GAAAGAGAAUGUUAACCUUAACAAUGUUCAUAGGACUACGAAGUCCAUUGAACAAGUGAGCUCUGCAGCUAACUCUAGGAGAAAUAGCACAACUCCCAGUGGUAGGAAAACACCUGCAGAAAGUCCUUCUGUGUUUGAGAAUGAUGAAACAAAGAAUUCCUCUCCAAAAUCAAUAUUGUCUAGAAGGGCACCACUAUAUAUGGAAAGUAAGAAGGAUGAGAAUGUGAAAGAAAAAAUAGAAUAUCCAGAUGGAAAGGUGGAGCAGCUGUUCUCUGAUGGACGCAGAAUUAUGACUUUUCGCAAUGGCACGAAAAAGGAGAUCAGUGCUGAUAAAAUGACCACUGUUCUUACUUUUUUCAAUGGAGACAUUAAGAAGAUCCUGCCAGAUCAGAGAGUGAUUUACUAUUAUGCAAAUGCCCAGACGACUCACAUCACUUAUCCAAAUGGCAUGGAGGUGCUACAGUUUCCUAAUCACCAGAUUGAAAAGCACCAUCCAAAUGGUACCAAGGAAAUUAUGUUUCCUGACCAGACUAUUAAACGACUGUAUGAUGGAGGUCUUGAAGAAACUGUUUUCCCUGAUGGGACAGUUGUCAAAGUAGAAAAGAACGGAGCUAAAACCAUCUUGUUCAGUAAUGGACAAAAGGAGAUUCAAACGGCACAGUUCAAGAGAAGGGAGUACCCUGAUGGCACUGUAAAGACUGUGUAUGCUAAUGGCAAUCAGGAAAUGAAGUAUUCUUCUGGACAGGUUUGAAUCAAAGAUGAGAAGGGGAAUCUCAUCCUUGAUUAAAAGUGACCAAUGUAAUCUUCUUCAUUUAUGCAUGUAUUUACAUCAUUCAAAAUAGUUCCUGUCUGAGAUGUGCUGUUGUCAUUACACUGUGGGUGACUGUGUUUUAAAUGCAAGUUUUCUUUCUCUGAUGUUCUGUUCCCCCUGCAAAAAAAAUGGUGAAUCAGAUGUUUGGCAAUGAA